UACUAAAACAAAUUUAUUCUUCCUCCAAAAUUCCAUAAUCGUAUAUACUACUGUGCACCAACAUGGAGAAAAAACAGAUUAUAAUAAUUUUCACAGUAGUUAUAGUCUUGCUUGCUAUUAUCGACCUUCUUUUAAUUACGUAUAUUUGCCUGGAUGUAAGAUUCACAUACGCAGUUAAUGCGAGAGCAAGGAGGCCGGAUCCAUAUGAAGGCAACGCUGUCCCAUAUAUAAAAGAAAGAAGGAAAUAUUGGUAAUCAUGAACCAGAAGCUGGUGGUAGCGUCAAUUGGCAUCACAGUAAUUCUGUGCCUUGUCAUAUUAAAUUUGCUCUUCAUUUACUUUAUAAUCGACAAUCCAUACCUGACAACCCAAUCGACCACUGCUCGGAGUACUACUACAGAGCAAACUUACCCACCACUUACGGAGAUCGAAUACGAAAUACCAACCGAGUCCGCAGGCGAGGACUCUCCCGGUGCAGAGGGCGAAGCCCCGGCGGAGGGCUAAGAACCAUAUUCAGACACUACAUUACCCCCGGUUCGGCGUUGCUUGGUCUUUCUUUGUCAAAUUCAGAUCAGUGUCGCGCGGCGCACAGCGGUGUCAACUUGUCGUGUGCGGCGCAAAUUCAUAGUUUGCAUAUAGCAUAAGCCAUAUACCAUAAGCGUUCCCAGUGUGUAAGCCCAGACCAAGACCAACGCCAACCGAGCCUUGCCCGGGAUCUACACGGAUCGUAAGAGAUCUUCACAGAGAAGCUCUUUUGGAUACCACUCAGUGUUGCCGUUAAACGUUGACUAUUGCCGUUGCCGUUGUCGUUUCCAAUACCGAACCGAUCCCCAUUCCCUGCCCCAUUACACCCACUUCGGAGCCCAUCCCGUACAGCCGUUGAACUGAGGAAGCGCCAGCUGCCAAAGCGCGGAAGAAUGCCGACCAUAACCGAGGACUGCAUAGAUGGAUUCCAACAGUAUUACUCGCGGCCCCCGGAGAGGCCCAAGAAGAAGUCCCUGAAGCAGAUGGUCUACGACUCGGAGGACAACUCCUACUUCGGUCGAUCCAUAGACAGCUGGGCCAAAAUCGGGAUCUUCUACGUGGCCUUCUACGGAGUCCUUGCCGCCCUGGUGGCCAUCUGCAUGUGGGCCUUCUUCCAAACUCUCGAUCCUCGCAUUCCGAAGUGGUCCCUCGACCGCUCCCUGAUAGGCACAAAUCCAGGUUUGGGUUUCCGCCCCUUGCCACCCGUCGACAAUGUGGAAAGCACCUUGAUCUGGUACAAAGGCACCCAGCACGAGAACUACAAACACUGGACAGACUCCCUAGAUGAUUUCCUCGCGGUUUACAAAGUUCCCGGAUUAACCCCCGGUCGUGGUCAGAACAUCUACAACUGCGACUACAACCAACCGCCGCCGAAGGGUCAGGUGUGCGACGUGGACAUCAAGUCUUGGUCGCCCUGCACCAAGGAGAACAACUACAGCUACCACAAGAGUGCGCCGUGCAUCUUCCUCAAGCUCAACAAGAUCUACGGCUGGAUACCAGAGUACUACAACGACUCGCGGGACUUGCCCGAAUCCAUGCCUUCGAGCUUGAAGACCUACAUCGGAGAGGUCCAGAAGACACAGCCAGAAAAGCUAAACACCAUUUGGGUUUCGUGCGAGGGCGAGAACCCAGCCGAUCAGGAGAACAUUGGAGCCGUCAACUACCUGCCAAUCAGAGGAUUCCCCGGCUACUUCUAUCCGUACCAGAACUCCGAGGGCUACUUGAGUCCCUUGGUGGCCGUGCACUUCCAGCGCCCCAAACGCGGAAUCAUCAUCAACGUCGAGUGCAAGGCUUGGGCCCGCAACAUUAUACACGAUCGCAAGGAGAGGAUCGGUUCGGUUCACUACGAGCUCCUCAUCGAUUAAUAUGUACUACACUAUUACCUAUAACAUAAUGUAAACCAGAAGAAUCUCCGAUGAGCAAGAAUCUCGGUACCAGAGGGGUGAGGAAGUCGUUGAAUACCGUGUAGACAAUCCUACCAGAGGCAAACCACCACAUGUUGUAGCAAAAUUUGUGAAUGGUUCAGAUUUCCCGAUUGUAAUUUAAAUUCCAAAUUGUUUUACUGUAUUAUUUCCUUGACAAAUUAAACAUAAAAAGUAUAAUCAAGA